CCUGACGUAUAAUUUCUGCGCGGGUCGCAUAAAAACAUUAGCUAGUGUAUCGACAUCGACCAUUGACAUCGACGAGAAUGAAAAGGACCGGCUGCUCUUGCUUUGCUUUACGUUUGAUUUAAGCAAAACAUGCUCUUAGCUGAACUGACUGUGUAGAUCAUAGACUAACACACAGUCAGUGAGUAAAUACUGACCGUUUGAGACAGUUUGUAGUUGAGUUUUAAACCCGCAGGACACAGCUGCUGCUGACACCAGUGUUUUUGGACUUAUCUUGCAGAAAUAUGAUGGAGGAUUUCUCUGGUUUGGCUCUGCCUCCUCUGUUUGGAGGACACAUCCUGGAGGCAGAGCUGGAGCCUGGAGGUGUGGAGCUGGGACCGGGAGAGGUGGAGCUGGGCCCGGGAAGCAAUGAGCUGCUGGAGAGUUCAGCACAGGAGGAUGAAGAGAGAAGAGCUCUUGAUAAGAGGAAAUAUCUGGCUCUGAACAGGAGAUGUAAAGACAUUGAACAGGUGAAUCAGAAGAUUCUUGGUCGCCUUCAUCAAGUUCAAAGAAUUACACGGCGCUUGAAGAAGGAGAGACGGUUUCUCAUGAAGACUUUAGAUGCUCAUGGAGAUGACUACAGAAAUGCCCAGCUCACUAUACUUCUAGAGGAUGAGCCUGGAGCCCAAUUAGAUCCUGCUGAUGGAGUGGAGGAUUACCGGCUCAAUGGUGUGUCUUGUUCCACUUUGUCUCCAGCAUUGCAUCAUGCUGCCGGACCAAAGCGGAGGAGGCACCGAAUUCCACGGCAAGAAAGAGAUAAAGACCAACAGACUGAACCAGACAUGUCAGUGUUGGCAGAGACACAGUUUGGAGAAAUGCCCAGCCCAACCUCUCUGUCUCAUUGAUAAUUGCACUGCAGCCCUAGAGAUGAUGAUGAUGAUGAUGAUGAUGAAGAAGCACCCAGUUUCUCAGUAGAUACACUGCCUCUGUUCAGCCAGGGUUUUGCACUGUUUGUAGUUUUACUUGAACAUUGUGAACAGAUUGUAAAAUAAGAUGUUUUUCACCUGGGUAUGCAUGAUUCAGAAAAUAUCACGAUCCCAUAUCAAUUUUUAGGCUCAAGAUUCGAUUCAAAUCGAUUUUCGAUUCAAAAACGAUUCUCGGUUAAAAAAACGAUUC